AUGGAUGUGCAUGCGCUCCCUUGGCCACAGCUGCUCGGGCUGUACGGCAUUGCUUUCGGCCUGUCCUUGCUAGGCUCGCUGGCGGCAGAGCGCCUGGCGUUGAAGGUCGGUCUCGUCGAUCAGCCGGCCCAUCGCAAGCUACAUCGCCGGCCGACGCCCUUACUCGGCGGAGCGGCACUGUUUGCCGCAAUCGGCGCUACCAUGGCGAGCUUCACCCUGACCGCUGCCAACGUAGUGCCGGGACUUGCAGGCGGGGGAGUGGUCUCAGGUGCUGGCCUGCUGGCCGCUGCCGUCGGAGUUUUCGCCCUCGGACUGUGGGACGACUCUCAACGCUUACCGGUGACGGUCAAAGCUCCGGCUCAAUUGGUGGUGGUGGCGCUGGCCCUCGCCGCUGGAGCCGUGAUCGACACCGCAUUGCCCGGCUGGGCCGACCUGAUGCUAUCGGGCUGGUGGAUCUUCGGCGUGAUGAAUACCCUCAAUCUGCUCGACAACAUGGACGGGGUCGCCGCCGGGGUGGCGGCAGUAGCGGCGCUAGGCCUGCUAGUGCUGCUGCCAGCGGGAUGGCCGGUGGCGCUGGCGGUGGUUUUGGGCGGCGCCUGUCUGGGUUUCUUAUGUCUCAACUUCUCACCCGCGCGACUGUUUAUGGGUGACUCUGGCAGCCUACUGCUCGGCUUGCUGCUGGCGGUGCUGGCGAUCGAAGCACAGCGUGGGGCUAGCGACAGCCUGGUGAGCUGGGUGGCGCCCGUCGUCGUACUGGCGGUACCGCUCUUCGAUACCACCCUGGUAGUGGUGUCGCGGUUACGGCGCGGGCUCAAUCCGAUGACUCACUCCGGUACGGACCAUCUGGCCCAUCGGCUGUUGCGCCUGGGUUGGCCAGUAGCCGGCGCCGCGCGGCUGCUUUAUACCGUGGCUGCCGCCAUGGCCUUGAUCGGCGUCGCGUUGGGCCGCAGCGGUGGGGUAGGGAUCCAUGGCGUGCUGAUCGUCGCCGUGAUCGGCGCCGGCUUGAGCAUCUGGUGGCUCGACCGCCGACCGCAGCUGAUUACCGGUGCGGUCGACCCCUCCGGAGGUCGCCGCCUAUGA